GUUACUCAUUCAUUCCAAAUUCAUUCUCCCACGUUCUAGCUAAACAUACUACAAUGGCUAAAACUAAUGGAGCCGCCAUUCGUUCUCUUCAUAUUAAGGAAAACGAAGAAGAAGAGCACCGAGCAUACGCAACUCAACUCGUUAACUCAAUUGCGCUUCCCAUGACGAUGCAGGCAGCCAUUGAUCUCGGCGUGCUCGAGAUCAUAGCUAAGGCCGGUCCCAAGGCCGCGCUCUCCCCUUCCGAGAUUGCGGCCAAGAUCCCAUGCAAGAACCCUAUCGCACCCGCCAUGCUUCAAAGGAUACUAAAGCUUCUCACUAGCUUCUCCGUGUUGACCGUCGAACUUCAUGAUGGCCAUGAGCGUUAUGGGUUGGCACCUGUCGCCAAAUAUUUUGUGAACAACGAACAUGGUGCUUCUUUGGCACCGUUGAUGACCUUGCUUCAAGACAAGGUCUUGGUGGCAAGCUGGUAUCACUUGAAAGACGCUGUGGUGGAAGGAGGGGUGGCAUUCGACAGGGAAAACGGGACAAACGCAUUUGACUAUCAAGGUGUGGACCCGAGGUUUAACGACGUGUUCAAUAGUGCCAUGAUAAACCACACCAAGACGGUGAUGAAGGAGUUGCUACUAGCAUACCGCGGAUUCCACGAAGACAUGGAUAGCAUGACUAUGGUGGACGUUGGUGGGGGUCUUGGUGCAACCCUAAACAUCAUCACCUCCAUGUUUCCAAAGAUCAAGGGUAUCAACUUUGACUUGCCACAUGUCAUUUGUAAUGCUCCACCAUAUCCGGGCGUGGAGCACGUAGGAGGCAAUAUGUUCGAAAGCGUUCCAAAAGCUGAUGCAAUUUUCAUGAAGUGGAUACUACACGACUGGAGUGACGAACAUUGCAUAAAGUUGUUAAAAAAUUGUUACAAGGUUCUCCCAACAAAUGGAAAAGUGAUUGUAGUGGAAGGAGUAGCUCCGGAGGUACCUGAUAACCAAACAAGCGUGAAGAGCAUUUAUCAACUUGAUAUCGUCAUGCUAACGGUAAACCCUGGAGGGAAAGAGCGAACCCUAAAGCAGUUUCAUGACCUAGCCACCAAAGCUGGUUUUGCUGGAAUCAGGAUGGAAUGCACUGCAUUUAGCUAUUGGAUUAUGGAAAUUUACAAAUAGAAGUAUAGCAUGAUGUUACUCCUAGCUACUACUAUGCAAGAGUUCAUGAAUUUAUCUUAUUGUUGUUUGGUCUUGUGGUGGGUUUUGCUUAUGAACUUCAAUUGUCUUUUGUUGUUUUGUUUUUUAAUAAGGUUGCAAUAAUAAAUUGUACUGUUUUGAAAUUUCUCAAUUGGUGUCUACUUUUAUUAAUUGUUCUGUUUAAAUGGACAAAUGUCACUAUUUGGCUGGA